AUGGAGUUACCAGGAAUCACUUGUCUGAUACAGCCAGUCAGAAUGCCAGAUGAGCUAUCGUCGUGUUAUUUAGAGAAAACCUGGAAUCUCAGCGUGACAGAAUUCCCUUCUCAAGAUAUCAACAGUUUCUGUAUAAAUCAGUAUCUGUGGGUUACUGCUGGGAACAGGUACCAUCAUGAUGUAUCCAAUGAAACAUUAUCCUAUGUUGGUUCACUGUUCAGGAAGAUUGUCGGGGAUCAUUGGAACCAUCGCCAUAAGAGACAACUAAGGUUAAGUUUAGGACGUAGGCGAAGGAGGGAAGUACGUGAUCUGUCUCUACGAGAAUGGAACGACUUUGCUGGGAGAUUGAAUUGGCUCAAAAUGCAAACGGACGUGUCUCCUAAUCGGUUUGACGCUAUUGCUGGAUUUCAUCAAGGAAUCGCGUCACGGUCAGCACACGGAGGGCCUAAUUUCUACGGGUGGCACCGACUAUAUUUGUUGUUAGUGGAAACUGCUCUUGGUACAUCUAUUCCGUACUGGGAUUCUUCCAUGGACUACAAAAUGGUCAAUCCCACUAGAUCUAUGAUCUGGAGUUCACGGUAUUUUGGAAACGGGAAUGGUGUUGUUAUAAAUGGUCCUUUUAGAGGAUGGCAGACAUUUGGAAUACCACUGACUAGAAAUCUCGCCAGUGAUGGAUCACUGAUGUCAGAAGGAGUCAUCAAUCGUAUUCUAUCACAGAUGUAUGCUUUCCAGAUUACCGAAGGAUCAACGUCGCCCAUAUUAAGUCUAGAAAGUCUUCACAAUGGUCCUCAUUCGUAUAUCGACGGUGCCAUGGGGGUUUCAGAGUCCUCCACAGCAGAUCCUAUAUUUUUUGUCCUUCACGCCCAUAUUGAUUAUAUUUGGACAAGAUUUAGAUAUCGACAGAUUCUCCGAGGAAUCGAUCCAGCUAGGGAUUAUCCACAAUCCACACGUUUGUUCCAUGAACGUUUCCGUCCAGUCGAUGGAUUUCCGUCAUUAACAAACUUUGAUUGUUAUAGCAAUUUCUUUGCCGAUCUUGUUCAAUACGACCCACCACCUUCCUGCCCAGCAUGUGGAAAUAGAAACAUGUUUAACUGUGUACAUGGUCAGUGUAUUCCAAGAGAAAGUCCUGAACUUUCACUUUCAUUUAUGAACAGACAAAUAGGAUAUGUCCCAGCCGAUCCGUCCAUGGUACGAAAUCUGCUCUCAAGAACAGGAUUUCGUCUGACAGACCCACGAGUAACCUCUAACAGGAAUCAACGUGUAUUGCAAGCUCCAAGAUUUUCGUUUUUUUCUCCAUUAAGUAAUAUUCUAUUAAGAAAAAAGCGAAGUACUAAUCAAGCAGGGAGGCAAAAGCGCAGUCUUGGAAAAGCAUCGAAGAAAGUAGAAAAGAUUCUUAGCGAGAACAACAUCUUACUACACAAGGACUACCAGAACACAUUCGUCAUUGACGGAAGACGAGAUGUAGAUGCUUGGUCAUUUAUUCCAGUGAAAAUCAUUUAUCAAAGACCAUCUGAAGAAGCAACCUAUCAAAUGAAAUUAGAUGUAGUGGAUAAAUUAUUGUUGAAAGAAGAUUUAAAAUUAGCAAAACAUGAAAAAUGCAUAAUGUCAGAUAAUCGUACUUCUAGAGUAUAUGUUCAAUCGGAUGGUAUAGACUAUUCUGGACGAUAUAAAGAUUAUGCUAUAGUUGACGAGACUGUCACCAUGUCUACAAAAAUGACAUAUGUUGGUGUCAAAAACCCGGAUAUGGGCGAUAUCAGUGCUUAUAUCACUGCAUAUGACUCAUGCGGAAGGGCAUGCAAACCUAUGUGUCAAGUGCCACAUUCUGAGCCUAUAGAGUAUAAGCCCUGCUCUGGUACAAUACGAGUCUCAGGUGACCUACCGCUCAUGUAUUCACCUUCAAUGCUUGAUGCCGUAGAAGAUAUUUUAAAUUUAGAUAAAACGUCUUUAUCGAUAAUUGAUACGCCAAUUGCUUUUGUAUGUGACUAUAACAUCAAAUGGCCUUGGGUAUUGAAUAAAAAAUUAAAAUAA